AUGUCGCACCCGGAAUCUGACUUCCAGGACUUGAUGGGCUCUCAUUCUUCAGCACAGCACAACAACCAUUCGGACGAUACACCGGCAGCCUUGUUAGAGCAACUGGUGUAUAUCGAUAACUUGAUGCCGGAUGCUGACCCUUCCACGUUUGACGCGCAACUUUCCGCAGAGCUAGCAGCGUUUGCCGACGAGUCGUUCAUAUUCCCUGACGAGGAUAAGCCCAGCUUACCCGAGGAUACCUUUGAGGAAAGUUCUUCUGCCCACUCAGGAUUGAACGGAAACAAUCACAGCCAUAGCAACAGUAACAACAGUGCUUCCAGCUACCAGAGAGUGGCGGACUCUUUCAGAAUGCCACCUCCAUCGAACCCACCUUCCGCUUUAUACGCACAUCAAACUGUUCCGACCACGAUAACGGAGCUUCUGAGGGCUAGCGAGCCCAAAGUCAAACAAGAGAACAGCUCAGACGCCCUGAGCAGGGUGCCCAAGGUGCCAGUUCCUCCUGGUGCGCAGAGCACGCUAUCAGCCGCAGGUCUUUCGCAGAACCAGAUAGAUGCUUUGGCUGCGCUGAUUGCUCAGCAGCAACAGCCCUCGCCAAACCCACAGUCACAGCCGCAUUCGCGUUCGCACUCGCGUUCUCAACCUUCUCUUCAGUCUCCCUCAACCCACAAUCAGAGUCUGGACGUUGCUACUUUGCUUAAUCCCCCAAGAAGAGAGUCCAUACCUGAUAAGGCAACACCUGAUGAGAAGGACGGCAGCGCUGAGCCAUUCGACUCGAACAAUGCAGUGGAUCUGGAUAAAAGAAAACGGAACACUGCUGCCAGUGCAAGGUUCAGAGUCAAGAAGAAGAUGAAGGAACAGGAGAUGGAGAGAAACCUCAAGGAACUUAACGACCGCAACACCAGACUGGAGAUGAAGAUCCAGCAGCUUGAGAUGGAGAACAGACUACUGAGGAACUUGGUUGUGGAGAAGGGUGCCCAAAGAGACACUGAGGAGUUGGAGAGGCUGAGAAAGAGGGCGAAAUUCAGCGUUGACGAGGAGACUAUUCAUUGA